GUGUUUCACGCCAUAACAGAACUGUUGUCCGUCAAGAAAACCGCAAGAAACUGGAAGCAGCUAACACACUUAUUGCUCUUCACCAUAUUGCUGCACUUGAUAACUGAGGACAUCAGUGUUGAUCAAGAAGUGGAUGAGAACAAUAACAUCAAAUCUCAGACUUGGCUAACUGGUACUGAGAUUGUUUCCAUGGAGGAAGAAUUGGAGCGAUUAACUGUUAAGAAUGUUGAUCUGCGACAACAGUUGUCGCAGUACAAAUUGAUAGAAUGUGGACUUAGGAACAAUAACGAACUUGCUAAUUUCUUGACAGGGUUACCAACUUAUUAUAUCUUGGAGACGGUUUACAACUAUAUAUCCAGUAACCAGUGUUUGCGUUUACGGCGUCCCAUAUACAAAAAUAGGCACUGAAAAAAAGAAAACAAACCUGUACACGUCCCUUUACGCGUUUUUCAUUUUGAAAAACGUUAAUUUACGCAUCACUUAUUGUUGUUUUGUUUCGAGUUUCUCUGGCUCCCAAAACCAAUGUGAUAUUGAGUAUCCAAUAUUCGCUGGGUUCCGGUGCCAGCCAAUUCGGUGCACCCACGGAAAACUGAAGUAUCUGAUGACGUUUCUCUUCCAUAUCGUGUCCGUAACGGCAUCGCUGAUUGGUUACCAAAACAGAACUAGAAACGUAAGCCAAUCGCAGACCUUGUUAACAGUUUGUUGUCAAGGACUAAGGUCAAAAUGGCAUCGCCGAAACCUUGUCAAAAGAAAAGAAAGUUUCGAGAAAGUUGGCUUGAAGAGCCAAUGUUUAAAUGGCUAAUCUAUGAAGAUUCCAAGAUGUUUUGUGGAGUUUUUCGUCCGGUAAAGCGUAAAAAUGCUUUUGUAUCUGGAUGCAACAAUUUCCAACGAUCGAGUUUGAUACGGCACGAGGAAAAAAGCUGUCACAAGGGCGCGGUGACAACAACACGUUCGGCAACACUGCUUGUUAAGUGUAUCCAAAAACAAAUGAAGUUGCACAAGAUGGACUCGUACCUCAAAUUUAUCGUUAAAUUGUUUUUGGCGUUGUCCAAGUUUAGCAAACUGAUAAACCUGCAGCAAUUGAACGGGGCCGAUCUCAAAGGUGUAUAUAAACAUCAUGAACAGUUUGAAGAGAUGCUUCUUUCGCUAUCUCAGACGGUUGAUAAGACAGUACACCAACAUAUCAGUGAGGCCACAUUCAUCAGUGUCACAACAGAUGAAAGUGUUGAUGUGGCAGUAUUCAAGAAACAGAUGAUUCUUAUCACAGUUAUUGUGGAGGGGUGUGUGAAAAUCUACUUCGGCAAAAAUGUUGAUGUUAUUGAUGGAAAGGCUGACACCAUAGCCAGUGCCAUUCUCAACUACCUCCAGGAGAAAAGAAUCCCCCCCUCAAAGGUUGCAGGUUUGGGGAGUGAUGGUGCUGCAGUGAUGACCGGUCGUAUCAAUGGUGUUGGUACAACAAACUGCGGGAGCUUCAACAGGUCCUCAUUGAUGUGACUGUUGCCCUGAAGGAGCCUCACAGUGUGAGAUGGCUGUCCCUUCAUGAGGCUAUUCUUGCUCUCAGUAAAUGCUGGCCUGCCUUGGUGGCUUGUCUUGGUGCUGAUGCUGCUGCAGACAAUCCAGGGGCCAGGAGAAUAUCAUCAAAGGUGGAGACCUACUCCUUCGUGGCGUAUACCUGCAUUUUGGAUGGUGUACUCCCCCUCUUCACAAAGCUGUCAAAGACUUUCCAGCACCAUUCUCUUGAUUUUGACAAGGUACUUGACUCUAUAUGUUAUAAAUUCAAAAGACCUAUGUAUUCACAGUACAACUGACUUAAUAUUUAGAUGAUGUAGUUGAAUUCAUCCUGACAUAUGUAAAGUAAAUGUCAA